AUGCAACAUUGCGCACUAUCUCCGGCGGCGAGCAUGACGUCUCGAUAUUCCCGUCGAUCUCGUUCAGGCCGUCGAUUACACAGGACAAAUCAAUUACCGCUCGCAUUCCAUCGGCAGCCGACCGACGAAUUCUCUGUCAUGAUCCUAUCGCUUAGUGAUGACCUCUCGUCCGAUAUGCCACGUCGUCGAGCUAUGGAAUGCAGGACAUUGCGCCACAAGCUGCCCAAGUUGAAUCCUGGAUUGGCAGCUCGGGCGCAAUGGAAGACGCGCAUCAAUCAACACAACUUAGAUUCCUUACAUUCAACAAUACCAUAUAGACAUGCAACAGAAGUUCUGUAUAGCAUAUAUACCACUAGCGGCUUAGAUUUGACCACGUCAAGAAUUUCGUGUUCGAAUCCUCCACCGGAAUGUUAUCAGUGCUUUGCAUCGGAACUCUACAUCAAACAUGUCAGACUGCAUUUCUACAUUUGUAACCGU